ACAAAACAAUUUUAGUAUUUCCGAGUGAAAGUACUGGUAAGAAACGCGCUGCAAUCAUUAGAUGAAGAAGAAAUGUACAUACGUGUAAGUGUUUUAGUUUAUUAGUCACGUUUUCUCUUUCGCGAUAACCAUACUGAUAAACGUGGCCACCACAUAUAUACAUACGUUACUGUUCCUGCGUUGUCAGUUCUAAUGGGAUCUCUUCAAAAAGAGACGACCACGCGUGACGUACAUAUUCGGUAUGUGACACAACAUGCGACUGCCGUACAAAGUUGGAGUCAUGUAGUGAAAGUAACAAAAAGAUAAUUGUUAAAAUUCGGCUUACAUAUUUUUCUUCUUAUAAUAAUGACGUGUUUAGGUUUAAGAAAAACCGAAUUCGACCGAAACGAAGUCUUCCGAAGAUAAACGUGGCGGAAUUGGUUGAUAAAUGAACUCGAGGGCAAUAUUAGGGUUUGACAAUCGGCGGGUUUGACAAUUUAUUGAAUGAUGGAAGAGGAUGACGAGGAGGUUUCUCUUGCAUGUGUGCGACAACGUGAAAACAGUGUUCCUGGAUCGAGCUUAUAUCAGUCGGUGCAAAACAGUUUAAGUCAAGGCUCGGAACAGACAUUGUAUCAAAGCGUUCAUAACACUCUGUAUGAAGACACUAUAAGUAUGAACAGUAUGCACAGCGCUGUCUCCCUGGAUAAUCUCUAUCCUACACAUACGGAUGACUCACCCACUGUAACUAACGACACAAAAGAAACGGUUGUCGAUGGAAAUUAUACAGACAUUAAAAGUAAUAUACAUGACACGAGAUUGCUUUCUCAUUCUGGUACAAGAUAUAGUUUAUAUUUCCGUGAUGAAAUACGUUCAGUUGAUUUCAUACUUGUGUGGGAUGAGUAUAACGGAGAGGCACAGACUUAUCGUAGCAUCAAACGCAGAAAGAUAUUUGAAAAAAAUCUGGAAAAAGAAGGAUUACAAUUGGAGUAUGAACAAGGUGAAUCAAACGGCUUGCACUUCAUAAAGAUUCACGCUCCUAAGGAAGUUUUACGUCGAUAUGCAGAAAUAUUAAAACUUAGAAUGCCCAUGAAAGAAUUGCCUGGUUGUCAAAUGCCUCAGGCAAAGAGCAGUGUUAUCAUCAAGGAAGUUAAUUCGUUUUUUCGACGUAUCAUGAAUAAAUAUUAUGUCGACACAACUAUCUUCCCAACAAUGAAGCAGAAUUUUACAGCGGUGUAUAGUAGAGAUAAAGAAUAUUUAUUUGAUUUGGAUUCGCCAAAUUUUUUCACAUCAGCAACUCGAUCGCGUAUUGUGCAAUUUAUAUUAGACAGAACUAGAUUUUCGGAAACAAAAGAGGACGAUUUCGCAUUUGGUAUCGAAAGAUUAAUUUCCGAAAACGCUUAUGUCGCAGCGUACCCGCUUCACGAUGGAAAUCUUCACACUCCAGAUUCAAUGCGAUAUCUUUUGUAUACUGAAUGGGCUAGUUUGAGAAAAUGUCUUCAUUAUCAGCCUUUAGAUUAUAUCAAAGAAUACUUUGGAGUGAAGAUUGGGCUUUAUUUUGCCUGGCUGGGAUUUUACACUCACAUGUUGAUACCAGCCAGUAUCGUCGGUUUGUUAUGUUUCAUAUAUAGUUGCUCUACUUUGUAUUAUAACGAACCGAGCGAAGAUGUUUGUAACGCCAACAGUACUAUUGAGAUGUGUCCGUUGUGUGAUCAUUUUUGUGGCUAUUGGGACCUAAAAGAAACAUGUUUACAUUCGAGAAUUACAUAUUUGUUCGACAAUUCAUCAACGAUGUUUUUCUCUAUAUUUAUGUCAUUAUGGGCUACCUUGUUUCUCGAACUGUGGAAGAAAUAUUCUGCCGAAAUAACCCACAGAUGGGAUUUGACUGGUUUAGAUGCUCAAGAAGAAUAUCCUAGGCCACUAUACUUAGCACGGCUUGCGCAUAUUAAAAAGAAAUCUAUCAAUAUUAUUACAAAUACUGAAGAACCAAAAGUGCCAUACUGGAAGAUGAGAUUGCCUGCUACAAUUCUCAGUUUUUCAGUUGUUCUACUUUUGAUUGCUGUAGCUAUGGCUGCUGUACUUGGAGUAGUCCUAUAUAGAAUGUCCGUUUUAACUGCAUUAAGUGUUUAUGGAAACCCGAUGGUAACCAGCUAUGCUAUAUUGUUUACUACUGCGACUGCAGCAAGUAUUAAUCUUUGCUGCAUCAUUUUGUUUAAUUGGCUCUAUGUUUGGCUGGCAGAAUAUUUGACUGAGAUUGAAUUACUUCGUACUCAGACCGAGUUUGAUGAUAGUUUGACUCUAAAAAUUUAUUUAUUGGAGUUUGUAAAUUAUUAUGCUUCCAUAUUUUACAUAGCAUUUUUCAAGGGAAAAUUUGUUGGUUAUCCAGGCAAUUAUAAUCGUUUUUUUGACUUUCGACAAGAAGAAUGCGGACCAGGCGGUUGUCUUUUAGAAUUAUGUAUCCAAUUGAGUAUUAUUAUGAUUGGCAAACAAGCUCUGAACACUAUCUUGGAAAUGCUUUUCCCGUUAUUUUACAAAUGGUUGAACACUUUAAAAGUUCACGUAGGUUCAAAAAAAUUGGAUGAUCCUAAUAAAAGAUAUUCAUCUAGAAAAUAUCUGCAAUGGGUCAGAGAUUAUAAAUUAGUUCAAUGGGGACCUAGAAGUCUUUUUCCUGAAUAUUUAGAAAUGGUGUUACAAUAUGGAUUUGUUACAAUCUUUGUUGCUGCAUUUCCAUUAGCGCCAUUUUUUGCAUUACUGAAUAAUAUUUUUGAAAUGAGACUAGAUGCAAAAAAGCUAUUGACCAUGUAUAGAAGACCAGUUGGACAGCGUGUCAGAGAUAUAGGCAUAUGGUACCGGAUCCUCGAUUCUAUUUCCAAAUUAUCUGUUAUUACUAAUGCAUUCAUUAUAGCUUUUACCUCGAACUUUAUACCGAGAUUGGUUUAUCGUAUAACGAUUUCUGAUAAUUAUUCAUUAGAAGGUUUCCUGGAUCAUUCUUUGUCAAAAUUCAAUACUAGUGAUCUGAAAAAUGGUACUCAACCAAUGGUGUUACCGGGUCAAACCCCAGUUGAAAUCUGCCGCUAUCCAGAUUACAGAGAACCACCAGACUCUCCAAAUAAAUAUGAAUAUACCAUCAUGUUUUGGCAUGUACUAGCAGCUAGAUUAGCUUUUAUCGUCGUUUUUGAGAAUGUCGUGGCACUUGUGAUGAUCUUUGUACGAUGGUGCAUUCCUGAUAUGAGUUCUAAGUUACGCGAUAGGAUACGUCGCGAAGCAUACAUUACUAACGAAAUUAUUAUACAUCAAGAGGCACUACGAGCUUGUGAGAGACCUGAAACUAAUAAUGAACCAAAAAUCGUGAAAACAUAUAUGAUUGAAAGUGCUAAUAGAUGGAAUCGAGUUAUGGGAAAUUGUUUGUCGCCAUCGGAAUUCGAUCUAGAAGUCCAUGGAAGUCCUGUUUCGCCUAUUAAUACAACUCCGCAUGUUAGUUCUGAUGAAACAGUCUGAUAAAUACCAAGGAUAUUCAUCAAAUUAUGUGAUUCGCGAGUAGCAUAAAUUCUUGACAACUACUAGAGCGGUGCAAAAAGUUCAUCCUUUAUAUAAAAAAA